GCAUUUCAGAAAGGCGCGACACUUGGGGCCAAAAGUUCCACCUUCCCGCCUAUACGUGUUCAUCGCUACUCGGUUCAAAUUCUCACAAUAAAUACCACCAAAUAGAGACAGACGGAGAGCGUCAGCCCUCUCAUUACACCCCACAUUGCGCAUUCUAGGGUUUCACUGGCGAUUAGGGGAGAAAUGGGUUCCGCAGCGGCAGCAGAAGCGGCAGAAGCAGCAGCGCUCUUGGAGGCCAAAGGUGCCAAUGGGACUAAACCACCAUCUUCGUCAUCUUCAGGAAUGACGAAGAAGAAGAAGGGUAAACAAGAUUCCCAAAAGGCAGCACCUAAAGCUAAGAAGCGAAAUUUGCCUCAGAGCAGUGAAGAAGAGCCUUCCCGAUCUCGGAAAAUGCCAAAGCGGGCUGCUGCUUGCAAAGACUUCAAGGAUAGGUCUGUUCAUAUUUCUGAGAAGUCUAGCCUAAUUGAAAGCAAGGAGGACCAGAUAGUGGAGGAAGAAAUUCUUGCUGUACGCCUGACUUGUGGCCCGGAACAAGAUGCUGUGCGCCCAAACAGAAGACUGACUGAUUUUGUUUUGCAUGAUGCAACUGGUUCCGCACAACCCCUUGAGAUGUUGGAAGUUUCUGACAUGUUUAUAUCUGGUGCUAUAUUGCCUCUCAAUGAAAGUUCUGACAAGGACAAGGAAAGAGGUGUUAGAUGUGAAGGUUUUGGGCGGAUAGAAUCUUGGGACAUCUCUGGUUAUGAAGACGGCUCCCCCGUAAUAUGGCUUUCAACUGAAGUUGCUGAUUAUGAUUGCCGUAAACCGGCCAGUAGCUACAAGAAAUACUUUGAUCAAUUCUUUGAGAAAGCGCGUGCUUGCAUAGAGGUUUACAAGAAGCUGUCUAAAUCCAACUCCGACCCCACUCUUGAUGAAUUACUUGCUGGUAUUGCACGAUCAAUGAGCGGAAGCAAAUUCUUUUCUGGAAGUGCAUCUGUCAAAGACUUUGUUCUAUCUCAAGGUGAGUUUAUUUAUGCUCAACUAAUAGGUCUGGAGGAAACAUCAAAGAAGAAUGAUCGGCCAUUUGCAGAGUUGCCUGUCCUUGCUGCCCUCAGAGAUGAGAGUAUAAAGCGUGGAAAUUUUGUGCAAUCAAAACCGGGAAUUUCAAGUGGUACUUUAACGAUUGGUGGAGAGAACGGAGUGGAUUCAGCUGGUUCAUCCGUAGUUGAAGCUGAGGAAAAUGAGGAUGCAAAGUUGGCAAAACUCUUGCAAGAGGAAGAAUACUGGAAGUCAAUGAAACAAAGAAAGCGCCAGGGUCCUGCCUCUGUGUCAAGCAAAUACUACAUCAAAAUUAAUGAAGAUGAAAUUGCCAAUGAUUAUCCUCUACCUGCUUAUUACAAGAAUUCCAUUGAAGAAACUGAUGAAUUCAUAGUUUUUGACAAUGAGUUUGAUAUCUGUAAUGCUGAUGACCUUCCUCGAAGCAUGCUUCAUAAUUGGUGUCUAUACAACUCAGACUCAAGAUUGAUUUCGCUCGAGCUUCUUCCAAUGAAACCCUGCGCAGACAUUGAUGUUACCAUUUUCGGGUCAGGGGUUAUGAGUGAAGAUGAUGGAAGUGGCUUUUGUCUUGAUUCUGAUGGUACUUCAAGUGGUCCAGGAGCCCAGGAUGCUGAUGGAAUGCCAAUUUACUUGAGUGCGAUAAAGGAAUGGAUGAUUGAAUUGGGAGCAUCAAUGGUUUCAAUAUCAAUCCGAACAGAUAUGGCCUGGUACAGACUUGGCAAGCCAUCUAAGCAGUAUGCUCUGUGGUAUGAACCAAUUCUGAGAACAGCAAAGAUUGGGAGAAGUAUAAUCACUAUGCUUAAAGAUCAAAGUCGAGUAGCACGGCUUUCUUUUGCAGAUGUCAUUAAGAGACUGUCAGGGUUCCAAAAGGACCAUUGUGCUUACAUUUCUUCUGAUCCAGCAUUUGUUGAGAGGUAUGUCGUUGUCCAUGGACAGAUAAUAUUGCAACUGUUUUCAGAAUUUCCAGAUGCGCAGAUUAAAAAAUGUCCAUUUGUGAUUGGUCUUACAAAGAAAAUGGAGGAGAGGCACCAUACUAAAUGGUUAGUAAAGAAGAAGAAGCUUGUGGAAAAGAGUGAAUCAAAUUUGAACCCAAGGGCAUCAAUGGCACCUGUGGUUUCCAAGAGGAAGACAAUGCAGGCUACAACAACAAGGCUGAUCAACAGAAUCUGGGGGGAGUACUAUUCAAACUACUCUCCAGAAGAUUCAAAGGAGGGAGAUAUUGGCGAAAAGAAAGAGGAGGAGGAAGUUGAAGAAGAGGAUGUAGAAGAGGAUGAUGUAGAAGAAAAUCCAACUGUAAUGGAGCAAGCCCAGAAGCCUUCUUCAAUUUCAAGACAAACCAAAUCAUGCCUCAACAACAGGGAGAUUUUGUGGGAAGGGGAGCCAGUGGGCCAAACAUGUUCUGGUGAAGCUCUUUAUAAGCGUGCCAUUCUUUGGGGAGAAGAAAUUUCUGUUGGCGGUGCUGUUUUGGUGGAACUUGAUGAAUCCAAUGAACUUCCUGCCAUUUAUUUUGUGGAGUAUAUGUAUGAAACAUUGAAUGGAAGCAAAAUGUUUCAUGGAAGAGUGAUGGAGCGAGGAUCUCAGACUGUUCUUGGCAACGCUGCCAAUGAGAGGGAGGUAUUUUUGACAAAUGAGUGCACAAAUUUGGCAUUAAAGGAAGUUAAACAGGCAGCUGUUGUGGACAUUAAACUAAUGCCGUGGGGGCAUCAGUAUAGGAAGGAUAAUGCUGAUGCUAACAGAACUGAUAGAACAAGGGCAGAAGAGAGGAAGAGGAAGGGUUUGCCGACUGAAUAUUACUGUAAAAGCUUGUAUUGCCCAGAGAGAGGUGCUUUCCUUACUCUUUCACGUGAUACUAUGGGUCUGGGUUCUGGUGCCUGCCACUCUUGCAAAAUGAAUGAAGCCGAGGAGGCCAAGGAAGUAUUUAAAGUAAAUUCAUCAAAAACUGGUUUUGUAUACAGGGGAGUUGAGUACUCGGUUCAUGAUUAUGUCUAUGUAAGUCCCCAUUAUUUUGGUGUGGAAAGGAUGGAAACUGAAAUUUUCAAGGCUGGAAGGAAUUUGGGGCUGAAAGCUUAUGUCGUGUGCCAAGUGCUGGAGAUAGUUGUUAUGAAGGAAUCUAAACGACCUGAAAUAGAAUCUACCCAGGUUAAAGUAAGAAGAUUUUUCAGACCAGAGGACAUAUCUGUUGAGAAGGCAUACAGUUCGGAUAUUAGAGAGGUCUACUACAGUGAAGAAACACACAUCGUGUCUGUUGAUAAUAUAGAAAGAAAAUGUGAAGUCAGAAAGAAGAGUGAUCUUCCAGUAUGUAAUGCUCCUGUCAUUUUCCAGCAUAUUUUCUUCUGUGAACAUCUAUAUGAUCCUUCUAAAGGGUCUAUUAAGCAGUUGCCAGCCCACAUCAAACUGAGGUACUCAACAGGAGGUGGUGAUGCUGAUUCUAGAAAGAGAAAGGGCAAGUGCAAAGAAGGAGAAAAUGUUUCAGAAGUUGAGAACCAGAGAGCUGAUUCUGAGCAGAAACGCCUAGCCACAUUGGAUAUAUUUGCUGGUUGCGGUGGCUUGUCUGAUGGGUUGCGUCUGUCUGGUGCUUCAAUAACCAAAUGGGCAAUUGAGUAUGAAGAGCCUGCUGGGGAUGCUUUCAAACUCAACCAUCCUGAGUCAUUGGUUUUUAUCAAUAACUGCAAUGUGAUCUUAAGGGCCGUAAUGGAAAAAUGUGGGGACACAGAUGAUUGUAUUGCAACUUCUGAGGCUGCUGAAUUGGCUGCAUCACUUGAUGAGAAGGUUAAAAAUGAUUUGCCGUUGCCGGGGCAGGUAGAUUUCAUCAAUGGAGGACCUCCAUGCCAGGGUUUCUCUGGAAUGAAUAGGUUCAACCAAAGCACUUGGAGUAAAGUUCAGUGUGAAAUGAUUUUGGCAUUCUUAUCCUUUGCUGACUACUUCCGGCCAAAGUAUUUCCUCUUAGAGAAUGUGAGGAACUUUGUGUCUUUCAAUAAAGGACAGACAUUCCGUCUGACUCUGGCUUCACUUCUUGAGAUGGGUUAUCAGGUGAGGUUUGGUAUUCUGGAAGCUGGAGCUUAUGGAGUUUCCCAGUCACGAAAGCGAGCAUUUAUAUGGGCAGCUGCCCCAGGAGAGAUUCUCCCUGAAUGGCCAGAGCCAAUGCAUGUCUUUGGCGUACCAGAGUUGAAGAUCACAUUAUCAGGCAAUUCACAAUAUGCUGCUGUUCGUAGUACUGCAAGUGGAGCCCCUUUCCGUUCAAUAACUGUAAGAGAUACAAUCGGUGAUCUCCCGGCCGUAGGGAAUGGAGCGUCCAAGGUGAACUUAGAGUAUGAAAGCGAUCCCAUCUCAUGGUUCCAGAAGAAAAUCCGAGGGGAGAUGGCUGUUUUGACUGAUCACAUUUCGAAAGAAAUGAAUGAGCUGAAUCUGAUUCGAUGCCAGAGAAUUCCAAAGCGGCCAGGUGCUGAUUGGCAAUGCCUUCCAGAUGAAAAGGUGAAGCUCUCUACUGGACAGAUAGUUGACUUUAUACCAUGGUGCCUGCCCAACACAGCCAAGCGCCACAAUCAGUGGAAGGGCCUGUUUGGAAGGUUGGAUUGGGAAGGCAACUUCCCGACUUCCAUUACAGAUCCUCAGCCAAUGGGGAAGGUGGGAAUGUGCUUUCACCCUGACCAGGACAGGAUUCUAACUGUUCGGGAAUGUGCCCGAUCUCAAGGUUUUGCGGAUAGCUACCAGUUUUCGGGCACAAUUCUUCACAAGCAUAGGCAGAUUGGAAAUGCUGUUCCUCCUACUUUGGCCUAUGCAUUGGGGACUAAACUCAAGGAAGCAAUUGACAGCAAGAGGUUGUCUUCACAAGAGCAAGAGUAGUUGUUGUUGUUUGUUUCUAUGUAAUACUGAUAGUUCCAUUUGGUUGCCUUCUAAGGCAAAAACACAGCUCAGUUUGUUGUCUUUGAUUUUCUUCUUGUAUUGUGUUUGUAAACUUGUCUUGAUUGAGGAACUUCAAUUUAAUACACAGAAGCAUUUUUCUUCA